AUCUCCCUUCACUCAAGUGAAUAACUUCAUGGGGAAAAAACAUAACAAUCUUUCUGGCCUGUCUCGCUUCGUUAGCCAGGCCUUUGAGCAGACCCCAUUGCCGGAUAGUCCCUCAACCCCACAAACACAACCUCAACCCACAAAGAAGAGAAAAACGGGCUUGCUCGGUCCUGAAAAUGAGUCAUAUGAUGCAACGGACGUGGUCCCUUUCUUCACUGAAGCAUCGCAAGUUCCAGAGCACUUGCAAAAAUAUUUCUCUCAACGAAAACGCUUUUUCUCGUUGUAUGAUGAAGGCUGUUUAUUAGACGAAGAGGGCUGGUUUAGCGUGACCCCUGAAGCUAUUGCUAGCCAAAUUGCCGAGCGCUGUCGUUGUAACACAAUUUUGGAUGCAUUUUGCGGCGUGGGUGGAAAUGCAAUCGCCUUUGCCCGUACUUGCGAGCGAGUGAUCGCACUUGACACAUCCCCCACUCGUCUUGCACUUGCACGUCACAAUGCUGCCAUCUACGGCGUUGUAGAUCGCAUCGAAUUCGUUCUUGCCGACUAUCUCUCUUUUGCACGCUCUCAAUCAUCAAAUUCAUCCUCAACGCGCAAGAUCGACGUCGUAUUUCUCAGUCCGCCAUGGGGUGGCCCUUCAUAUCUGUCCAAUCCCGACCUUCCAGAAGAUCAGAGCGUCGAUGACGUGCACCCUUCUUAUAGUCUCUCGAGUGUCCAGCCAGUGCACGGAAAGGAAUUGUUCAAUAUAUCCCGACAAAUCACGCCGAAUGUCGCGUUCUACUUACCGCGCAAUACGGUGUUAGAUGAUAUCGCGGC